AUCAGUGUUGCAAAUCUCUCCAGGAAUGAUUGAUUAUUCACGUGUUUUUGCAAGUAGAUUUACAGUUUGUUUGUGUAGCCAGCAGCAGCUAGCUAGCUAUAAUCAGUAUGCCUACUACCAAGCACUGGACCACUGAGCCUGAAGCAGAGGUCAACAUAAAGACCACUCUGUCUGGCCCUGCUUCUGUACCUCCCACCACUGUGCCUGAAGUGUUCAAGAGGGUCGCUCGGAAGUACAACACCAAAGUGGCCCUCAGGGUGAAGAGAGACCAUGAAUGGAUACAGUGGACCUAUAGGGAGUACUACACGGACGUUGCCAAGGCAGCCAAGUCACUGAUAAGGCUAGGGCUGGAGCCACAUCACGGAGUGUGUGUACUGGGGUUUAAUGCUCCAGAGUGGUUUAUUGGAUACAUGUCCGCUAUCAUGGCGGGAGGCAUUGCGUGUGGUGUGUACACGACCAAUAAUGCUGAGUCCUGUCACUUCAUUGCAGACGACUGCUCAGCCAACGUCAUCUUCGCUGAAAACAAGGCUCAAUUGGAAAAGAUACUCGAGGUUCGAGAUCGUCUGCCACACCUGAAGGUGAUCAUCCAGUACUCACCCGAGCCAGUGGACCCUGCUCAGAGGGACCAAGGUGUCAUCCCAUGGAGCGAGUUCAUGGAGAUAGGCAAGGACAUCCCAGACUACGAGGUCCAGUGGCGUAUAGAGAAGGUGAAGCCUGGUCACUGUGCCUCCCUCAUCUACACCUCAGGGACCACUGGACCCCCUAAGGGUGUUAUGAUCUCCCAUGACAACCUCACAUGGACAGCUGCUGUGUGUGCAACUCUCUACCAGCUCGGGGAGACGGAUCACAUGAUCAGUUACCUCCCCCUGAGUCACGUGGCUGCCCAGAUGAUGGACAUCCAUGCCGCCCUCCAUACCGGUCUCACCAUCCACUUUGCUCAGCCCGACGCUCUCAAAGGAAGCCUGGCCGUCACACUCAAGGAGGUUCGACCGACCGUGUUUGUGGGUGUGCCUCGUGUGUGGGAGAAGUUCAAGGAGAUCAUGGAGAGAGUUAUCAAAGACACCAGCGGCAUCAAGGAGGUGGUCCUGCAGAAGGCCAGGUCAGUUGGUCGUCAAACCAGUUUCAACAGACAGUCUGGUCGGCCAGCGGCGUGGGGUUUCUGGCUCGCUAACACGUUUGUGUUCAAAUCUCUCAGAGAAAAGAUGGGUCUUGAAAGAUGCAAAAUUGCUGGAUCGUCAGCCGCUCCAAUCUCACGGAAAGUGCUUGAGUUUUUCUUGGACUUUGACCUCCCCCUCUACGAGCUCUACGGCAUGUCAGAGUCCACCGGUCCCCAGACCCUCUCUCUGUACGGUGCCCACAAGACUGGCUCCACUGGUAAAGUGAUGGCAGGUGCAGAGAUUCGUAUCGAUAACCCAGGGCCGUCUGGAGAUGGUGAGAUCUGUUUCCGUGGGCGGCACAUCUUCAUGGGGUAUCUGAAGGAGGAGAGAAAGACGAGGGAAGCCAUCGAUGAGGACGGCUGGCUACACUCAGGGGACAUCGGGAGACUCGACCCUGAUGGCUACCUAUACAUCACUGGCCGCAUCAAAGAGAUCCUAAUAACACGAGGCGGUGAGAACAUUGCCCCCGUCCCAAUAGAGGAGAUCAUACUGAACCACAUGAAGAUGGUCAGCUACUGUAUGGUGGUGGGGGACGCUCAAAAGUACCUCACUAUGAUGGUAUCCCUACGAGUUGAGAUGAAUGAUGAUGGUACCCCCAGUAACCGACUGGACUCUCUAGCUGUGUCCAUUGCACAAGAGCUCGGCUCCAAUGCCACUACAGUGGAGGAGGCAAAGGAAGACCCUCUCAUCAUACGCUACAUUGAGGAGGGGAUGGGCAAAGCCAACGAAGAGAGCAUCUCACGGGCAGCCAAAGUUCAGAAGUUCCGUAUCUUCCCCAAUGAGCUGAGCAUUGCCGGUGGUGAGCUGACUCCCACCAUGAAGCUCAAGCGAAAGAUUGUCCUGGAGAAGUACGGCAACCUCGUUGAAGAGAUGUACCAGGAGUGAUGCAGUCACUACUAAACCGCAUCUUUUCAUUAUGUGCACUAAUGUAGUUUAACAGACUUUUGGACUAUCAUCCAGCCUUUGUACCAUGUUUGUAAUUCGCUGUGAUAAAUUAAUGUUAAAACUUGCUUGAUGCAUG